CAUUUUUAACAGUCAAGCAUCAAGUAUGAUCAAAACACCGUCAUCUCGAGCGGUUAGUCGUCUCUUGCCAUUAUGUACAAAGGCAUCGACCUCCGCGACGAGUUCAAUAGCACGGCGGAGCCUUGCCACGGUCGUUGAGCCAAUUCAAAAGGACCCUGCCGAAUUAGAUGAGAUUACGACCUUAUCGAAUGGAAUCCGCGUUGCUACAGAGGCCUUGCCUGGCCACUUUUCCGGCAUCGGUGUUUACAUUGACGCCGGUUCUCGGUACGAGAAUGAGCAUCUGAGAGGCGUGAGCCAUAUUAUGGAUAGAUUGGCAUUCAAAUCCACGAAGAAACGCACCAGUGAUCAGAUGUUAGAAGCUUUGGAGUCCCUGGGUGGAAAUAUACAGUGUGCCUCGUCGCGCGAAUCGCUCAUGUACCAGUCCGCCACCUUCAACUCCGCUGUUCCGACAACCGUUGCGCUGCUUGCGGAGACGAUUCGGAAUCCUUUAAUAACAGAAGAAGAGGUACAGCAGCAACUUGAGACUGCGUCUUACGAAAUUGGCGAGAUUUGGUCCAAGCCGGAGCUGAUCCUCCCCGAGCUUGUUCAUAUGGCGGCGUACAAAGACAACACUCUGGGUAACCCCCUGUUGUGCCCCAAGGAGAGACUUGACAAGAUCGAUAAGAGCGUUAUUGAGGCAUACCGCAAGGCCUUCUUCAAGCCGGAAAGAAUAGUUGUUGCGUUCGCAGGCGUUGAGCACAAGGAAGCUGUGAGGCUGACGGAGCAAUACUUUGGAGAUAUGAAGAGCGAGGAUAGCCCGGAACUGUCCAGGACAGGCUCAGAAACAUCGGUCGACUCCGCCUCGGAGACGAGCUCCACAUCGAGUUCUGAAUCUGCGUCAGCACCGCCGUCUCCAGUCCAACAGUCUUCGAACCUGCUUUCGAGACUGCCAUUUUUGAAGAACCUCUCAACUUCCUCCUCCAACCGAGCCUCUGUUCUCUCAGACCUAUCAUUACCCCCUACGCCAGAACAGAUCCUCGCACCUUCACAAUAUACCGGAGGAUUCGUCGCCCUCCCUGUUCUCCCACCACCAAUCAACCCCUCAUUACCUCCACUCACCCACAUCCACCUUGCCUUCGAGGCCCUCCCCAUCUCAUCCGACGAUAUCUACGCCCUCGCAACUCUCCAGACUCUUCUGGGCGGCGGCGGCUCCUUCUCAGCCGGUGGCCCAGGAAAAGGCAUGUACUCGCGCCUCUACACUAACGUCCUGAACCAGCACGGCUGGGUCGAGUCUUGCGUCGCUUUCAACCACUCCUACACCGACUCCGGCCUCUUCGGCAUCACCUCCAGCUGCACUCCCAGCAAAGUAGUCCAGAUGCUCGACGUGAUGUGCCGCGAACUACAGGCCCUGACGCUCGAGAACGGCUUCAGCGCCCUGCAGAUGGUGGAGGUGAACCGCGCCAAGAACCAGCUGCGCUCGAGUCUACUCAUGAACCUUGAGUCGCGGAUGGUGGAGCUCGAGGAUCUGGGACGCCAGGUGCAGGUUCACGGAAGCAAGGUCGGCGUGAAGGAGAUGUGUAACAAGAUCGACCAGCUCACCGUGCAGGAUCUGCGCAGAGUCGCAAGGGAUGUUCUCCAGGGCUUGGUGAAGAACCCGGGUCAGGGAAGCGGGGCACCGACGGUGGUGCUGCAGGAGGGUGAGGAGGGUAAUGGGGUUAAGAGGAAGCAGCUUGCUUGGGCUGAGAUCCAGGAUCGGAUCUCGAGGUGGAAGUUGGGACGUAGAUAGGGAGUCGCUGGUGGGGACGUGUAAGAUAAUGUACCAUACCCAACUUAGGGAUUGCAUAGUGCGAUAUAGAAAGAUAUGUGU